UUCAGAACCUGCACGAUCCGCAGGAACAAGAACAUAGCCGCGGUAGGAUGCCGAGUUAGAACUCAGAUGAGUGAAUUCGGUCCUUUGCCCCUCCUGCCUGCUCUCCCACCCUUCUGCCCCGUCACUCGCGGACUGACAGCGAGAGGAGGCUUUUCCGUACAAAUUCUCAAGCCCGAGCCGUGAAAGGAGCACUCGAGUCGGGGAAGGGAAGAGCGCUCAUCUGCCGCAAUGGGGCUGUCCUCCUCCAGCCUUCUGGACGAGAGCAAAUCCAGCCACAUCAGAGACCAGGCAGAUGAGGAGCUGCGGAACUUCAGCCCUCACUACAAGCGGCAGUAUUCAGUGGCCUUCUUCUCCCAGCUCUACGAUGAGGUGGAACAACACAAUGCAAGCCAAACGCAACUCCUCCAGCAGAGGGACCAUCUCAAAAUCGGUGAGAUCCUCUAUGGUGAGAACAUCAUGCACUUGGAUGACACCAGGAAGUGGAAGGAGAGGUUUGUGGUGGUUCGAGCAGAUUACAGCUUGGAGUGCCACGACAGCUAUGAGUCAUUCACGAAAGGACUGCCAUCACGACAGAGAGUGCUUCCAACAGGGGGCAUUGUGCUAACAUCGGAGGAGAAGUACAUGGAGGCGGUUGACAGGUGCUUUCCACGGCCCAAUGGUGUGAAGGAGAAAUCUGCUCCACCCAUGGUGGUCAUGCCGGGAGAGUUCCCCGUCUACGUGAGCUUGCCGUACCGUAGAGACUCCUACUUCUGCUUCCACAGGGAGGAGUACCGUUCCACUUUCAUCUCCGUCCUGAUGGACUGCAUCCGACACCAGAACCAUGACUUUGAGAAGAAAGCGACCCCUGAUGUGCAGGCCUUCCUCAAGGCAGUGCAGUUCUACCGAGAAGAGAAGGGUCACUAUGAAUCUUGGGACAUGCUCAUUGGCAGUGAUGUUUCGGUGUUGGCCAACUUGGUAAUGGAGGAGCUUCUGCCGUCUCUGGAGACCGACCUGCUGCCUCGGCUGAAGGGGAAGGAGGCAGACAGGAGGAGGACGUGGUUUGCCACAGUGGAAGCAGCCUAUCUCCUGGUGCAGGAGCAACUGCUCAAGGGGUUCACUGCCCUGAAAGGGGAGUGCCAGGCGGUGGCCAAACAGCAAGAGACCCUCAUUCGCUCCCACAUGGACCAGAUUGUGAGUUCGCGGGCCUUCCUGGAGGGGAAGCUCAAAGCGACUGUGAUGGAGCCAGCAGUGCGGUACUGUUCAGAAAACGUGCAGCCAUUUCUAGCCUCUAUCCUGGAGGAGAUCAUGGGCCCUGUGAGCUCUGGUUUCCAAGAGGUCCGGCUACUCCUGGAGAAUCAGAUGGACCAGCUGUGCCAGGACUUCCAGGCACAGCAUAGUGCAGAGGAGCUGGAACAGGCCCUGGAGCGGCUACGUAAAGCUGACCUGCAGGGGUGUUACCAGCAUGUAGAGAGCCUCCAAGAGCCACUGCUGGUGCUCCGUGACCGCUUUAGGUUCUCCCGCAGCGACUGCCUGGUCCAAAGCGCUCAGCUCGACAUGCAGCAGCUGAUGCAAAAUGCCGUGUACACGUUUGAGCUGUUGCUCAACACAGCCCUGAAGGACCACCCUGCGGAGCCAGGCUUAGCAAUGGAGAAGGCCAAGCGUCGAGUCCUGAAGCAAUAUGACUAUGACAGCAGUACAGUAAGGAAGAGAAUCUUCCGGGAUGCCCUGGUGGACAUCACCCUCUCGGCCAUCAAAGAGAACUUGGCUCCCACAUGCAAACCAGAACUGCACACAUUUGAGCAGUACAUCUUCGCUGAUUAUGCAGAUUUCAUCCAAGUGGAAAACGUGUAUGAAGACAUUCUGCUGCAGAUCCUGGACAGUGAAAUUAACAAAGUGGUGAAGGAGGCUGCUACUCUGAAGAAGCACAACCUCUUCAUGGACAGUGCAGACCCCCACUUCAUCAGCCAGUCCAGUCUGGGCGACAGUUGGACCCCACCCAAAUCCUCGCCCGCCAGCUCAGCCAGGGCUCCCAUCGCCAACACGCUGCCUGACCACCCACCUCUGGGGAACGGCCUGUCGGACACUCCUGGGAAGGAGUCUCCUAGAAAGAGUGAGCAGGACCAGAUGGACAAGCCUGAGAUUCUGAGCUCAACUAAGUUAGUGAAAGACAUACAGACGUUAAAUGGAACUGAGGAUAUGGAAGUAGACAAGCCCAACUCAGCUCAGAUAACAAAAGUGAAGGCUGAGGACAAGCUUAGCUCCACCAGAUUUGAUAAGCAUGAGAUUAAUGUCCAAAUAUCUUCAACUGGGGCAGCGAAGGACCCCUUGGGUGACAUGCCUCAGUCGGUUAAGAUGGUGGUGAAUGAAAUACCCAGUGUGCUUCUGAAAGAAAAAAUGAAGACAGAUGACAAGCCUAGUUCAGACCAGACAGCAGAGGAGGAAAUGAAUGAAAUGUCCAGCACGGUUCAGAUUGAAGAGAUCGUGAUAGACAGCAUGUCUUGUUCAAACCAGCCAGAGGAUGUGGGCAAGACUGAUGCAGAUGAGAAGGUUACAGGACACAAGGUUAUGUUAUGUACUGCAGCUCCAGAAACACAGACAACUGUCCACGUGACAAGUCCAGCUCAUCUUGUGAAGGACAGUGUGAUGUCUCUCUGCUCAGAUACUGCUACAGACAGCACAGCAGGGGUCAGCGCACCCUUUUCUGGACAACAGAGUCUUACUGACACAGUUCACUUGGGAUCUGGCAGCGCUUCUCUCUAUCUUGACCCCGAUACUGAAACGCAGGGCAUCAUAGUCCACGCCAUAGAAGAGAGCACCAUGCCAUGUGUUGUAUUCAAAGACCCCAAAGAAGCUGUUGCCGUUCGCUGCGUCCCUUCUGUUGGCUUCACAGAGAGCGUUGCCGAUGGGAACAUUGCUGGUCCUGCAGCUGAGGGUACAAAGAGCAACACUCUUCUGAGCUCGGACCUUGCAGCACACCUUUCAGAGAGCAUAACUUUUGCCCAACAUUCCAGCUCUUCUUCUGAGGAAACAGAAAGCCAGGUCUGUCAACAGGUCGAGUCCCAUGUAGAGGCUGAGUCCAUGGAGGAAUUUACACAAAGUCUACAGUCGGUUGCGCCAAUGGAAGAGCAUAGCCCUUCUCUUCAUGUGGACAUCCUGGGCAUGGAACCAGAGAAGGUGCCCAUCUUCGACUGCGCGAAGGAGAUCCAAGACCUCCCAGUGAAAGUGAUUGAAGUGGAGGACCUGGCGCAGCAGUAUCCAGGGGAGAGCAAUGCCUAGAAGCUCUGCCAUUUCAGGCCUGCUUGGCACCCCACGAUACACCACUGGACACUAAACACUAGGACGUUAGACCUUCAUCGGGUACACUUUGCAUGUCAUCUCUCUGGAAUCUUCAGCUCGCAAAUUAUUAAGUUUGAAGAGACCUAUUGUUACACCUAUGCAUCUAUCUAUCACUGUAAUUAUUUUGUAUAGGUGCUUUGUAUGCAAGUAAUUUUCCGUAAGAGCUAUACCUUGGUUCACUGUUUAAAAAUUGUUUUUGAGCAGUAAGAAGCAAAGUACAGAAUAUUAGGUUAGUGAAAAACGGAACUUGGAGGGACACAGUACAAGUCACGAAUGAAAGUGUGUAACUAUUCUUUCUUGUAACUCCAAAUUCACAUUUGGUUGGAUAUAGCUUAAGUACAUAUAAACUCUCUUUUUAUUACUUUUUUAUUUGCAUUAAGAUUGAGAUACAUUAAAAUAAAAACAAUAUUAAAAUAACUGAAAAUAAAAAUCUAUCUUCUUCUCGAACUUCUAUAGUCCAGCUCCUCCCUCGUCCAGCCAUCCAGAGCCACUUGUAUACAGUAAAUAGACUUACCAGGCCAUUUUAUCCUGAGACAAGAGUGUGUUCACGAUAUUAUUUCUCCACAUCAUGAUCACAUGGAUAGAUUCUGGACAAAAACCAAACAAUUUAAUUGCUUUAUCACUGGUGUAUACAACUGAGUUCACUUCAGUGACAUAUUGAUAACAGCAAUAAAAUGGUUUGCAUCAGGAGUCUGGAUUUAUUUUUUCGAUCCUAAAGGGUUAUACUCAGUGUAACAGACAUUUUCAGUUAUCAGCAAGAUUUCUGUACUAAUUUCAUCUGUAUGGGCAAAGUACAAAAUGAAGCUAUAAAAGUUAUAUUAAUCAGUAACUCACCAGGUUCAUAUUUUAGUUUCACCAUUUCAAGUACCAAAAGAAGAACGAA